ACUCUCAUCUCCUCUCUCUUCUUUUUCCGGCAUAACUUGUUUGUGAUCCUAAACUCCAUAACCUGUUUCACGGAUAAAGUGUCUUUUGCUUCAGUCUCUAUUACUUUUUUUUUUUUUUUUGACAAAGAAGUCUCAAGUACUCUCUUACUACUUAUUCUCGAAUUAAUACUCGAAAAGAAAAUGUCGGGAAGAAGAUCCCGUUCGAGGCAAUCAUCAGGAACUUCAAGGAUCUCAGAAGAUCAAAUCAAUGAGCUCAUUAUCAAGUUGCAGCAGCUUCUUCCUGAGCUCAGGGACAGUCGCCGCUCCGACAAGGUUUCUGCAGCGAGAGUGUUACAAGAGACGUGCAACUACAUAAGGAAUCUGCAUAGAGAGGUUGAUGAUCUAAGUGAGAGGCUAUCUGAGUUACUCGCAAACACAGACACUGCUCAAGCUGCUCUAAUCAGAAGCUUACUUACCCAAUAA